CCCCCCGCCCCCGAGCCGCGGCCAUGGACCCUGCAGAUCUAGCUUGCCCUGGCCCAGCUCAACACCUGAUUUCGGCAAGGUGACCGCUCUGGCUGCUAGAGUGAGCAUCCCAGCCUGGGUAGAGAACCAAGACAGGUGUUCACGUGUGAUUCACAGUGACCUGUCAGGAAGGACCCUCUGCCCAUUUUCAGAAUUGGGAAGCCGAGAAUCAGUAAGCUGACCAAGGCCUGAUGUCAGAGGCCAUGGACCAGAUGCCCGGAGGCCCUGGAUACCCAGUGCCGGGAGAAGGUGCUGAUGGCAGCGUGGAGCCUGGCAGUUGCCAGGAGCUUCUGCAUCGACUGCGGGAGCUGGAGGCAGAGAACUCGGCACUUGCCCAGGCCAAUGAGAACCAGCGGGAGACAUAUGAGCGCUGUCUGGAUGAGGUUGCCAACCAUGUGGUGCAGGCACUGCUGAACCAGAAGGACCUACGGGAAGAGUGCAUCAAGCUGAAAAAGAGAGUGUUUGACCUGGAACGGCAGAACCAGAUGCUGAGUGCCCUGUUCCAGCAGAAACUCCAGCUCACCACGGGCUCCCUGUCCCAGCUCCCACUCACCCCCCUCCAGCCGCCCUCAGAGCCACCAGCCUCCCCCUCCCUGAGUACCGCCGAGGGACCAGCCACCUUGCUGCCUCUGGGGCAGUGUGCUGGGCAGAGAGAGGUGUGUUGGGAGCAGCAGCUGCGGCCGGGAGGCCCAGGCCCCCCAUCUGUCCCCACCUCAGCACUGGAUGCCCUGUCCCCAUUCCUUCGGAAGAAAGCCCAGAUUCUGGAGGUGCUGCGAGCCCUGGAAGAGACUGACCCCUUGCUCCUGUGCUCACCUGCCACCUCCUGGCGGCCUUCAGGCCAGGGUCCUGGCUCCCCCGAACCCAUCAACGGCGAGCUAUGUGGCCCCCCACAGCCUGAACCCUCACCCUGGGCCCCCUACCUGUUAGUUGGCCCUGGUAGCCUGGGAGGUCUGCUGCACUGGGAGCGCCUCUUGGGGGGUCCAGGGGAAGAAGAGAAUAGUAGGCGGCCUUGGGGCCCUAGUAGGGCCCCACCACAGGUGCAGGGCACCAAUUCCGGCCCACAUUGUGCAGCAGGCAGCAGCUCCUCCUCCUCUUCUGAUGAGGCAGGUGACCCCAAUGAGGCACCCAGCCCCGACACCCUGCUGGGUGCCCUGGCCCGAAAGCAGUUGAACCUGGGCCAGCUCCUUGAGGACACAGAGACUUACUUACAGGCCUUCCUGGCCGGGGCUGCAGGCCCACUCAACGGGGACCACCCAGGUCCUGGGCACCCAUCCUCCCCAGACCAGGGCCCCCUGCAGCUGUCCAAAUCCAAAGGCCUCCCAAAGACAGCUUGGGGUGGGGGUACCCCAGAGGCCCACAGACUGGGCUUUGGUGCUACCUCAGAGGGCCAGGGGUCCCUCCCCUUCCUUAGCGAGUUCGUGUGUACAGAGGACGUCCCACUGGGGUCGCAACCCGGCCAUCCCCACUCCUCAUCUCAGGUGAAAAGCAAGCUCCAAAUGGGGCCCCCUUCUCCUGGGGAAGCCCAAGGACUCCUGCUGCCCUCCCCUGCCAGAAGUCUCAAGUUCCUCAAGCUGCCUCCAGCCUCAGAGAAAGUCCCCAGUCCGGGUGGCCCCCAGCUCAGCCCCCAACUUCCCAGGAACUCAAGAAUCCCCUGUCGCAACAGUGGCUCAGAUGGCAGCCCCUCCCCACUGCUGGCCCGCAGAGGUCUGGGUGGAGGAGAACUGUCCCCAGAGGGGGCACAGGGUCUGCCCACCAGCCCUUCACUCUGCUCCACCAUCCCGGACUCCGCACAGCUCAGACCCCCCCAGUCAGCCUUGCCCACCGCACUGUCCCCAGGCCCAGUGGUGUCUCCCUGCUAUGAGAACAUCCUGGACCUCUCCCGGGGCACCUUUAAAGGGUCCUCCCCAGAGCCACCCCCCUCCCCACUGCUGACUCUCGAGGUACCACAGGCCCCUGAGGUCCUCAGAAGCCCUGGAGUUCCCCCUAGCCCUUGCCUCUCAGAAUCCUGCCCCUGUGGAAGCCCCCAAGAGAAGAGUUCUGAUAAGGCAGGAUUGGAGUCUCCCCACCCUGGCCGCAGGACCCCAGGCAGCUCAUCCAAGAAGCCUGGCCAGGGGUCAGGGCGGCGAUCUGGGGAUCCCAGUUUCACACCCCUGCGGGACAGACUGGUGGCCCUGGGGAAGCUAAAGACAGGCCCCGAGGGGCCCCUGGGUCCAGAGAAAAAUGGGGUGCCAGCCAGGCCUGGCACUGAGAAGGCCCGGGGGCCAGGGAGGUCAGGAGAGAGUACUGGAGACGUGGUUCCCCCCACCACUCGACCCCUUGAGCAGCCAGAGGCUAAGGGGCCUCUGCGGGGGCCAGUGGCCUUAGGCACAAGCAGCCUGAAGCAGCAGGAACCUGGACUGGGGGAUCCUGUGGCCCGAGUCUACUCCUCCCACUCCAUGGGAGCCCGUGUGGACCUAGAGCCUGUCUCACCAAGAAGCUGCCUCACCAAAGUGGAACUGGCCAAGAGUCGGCUGGCAGGAGCCCUGUGUCCCCAGGUUCCCCGCACCCCUGCAAAAGUGCCCACCUCAGCCCCCAGCCUCGGAAAACCCAGCAAAAGUCCUCACAGCAGCCCUACAAAGCUACCUUCCAAGUCACCCACCAAGGUGGUGCCCCGACCCGGGCCUCCCCUGAUCCCGAAGGAGCCCCCCAAGCCUGACAAGGGGAAGGGCUCGUCUUGGGCAGACUGCAGCAGUGCCACAGGUCAGCCCACAUCACCAAUACCGGGCCCCCCCAACCCAAGCCAGGGCCCUGAGGGCUCUGUCCCACACUCAGCCAUUGAGGAGAAGGUGAUGAAGGGCAUCGAGGAGAAUGUGCUGCGGCUCCAGGGCCAGGAACGGGCGCCAGGCUCUGAGGCCAAGCACCGAAGCACCAGCAGCAUUGCCAGCUGGUUUGGCCUUAAGAAGAGCAAGCUGCCAGCCCUGAACCGCCGCACAGAGGCCACCAAGAGCAAGGAAGGGGCCAGUGGGGUCUCCCCGCUCCGGAAGGAGGUCAAGGUAGAAGCCCGAAAGCUGGAGCCUGAGAGCCUCAACAUCUCCAAGCUGAUGGCUAAAGCGGAAGACCUGCGCCGGGCCCUGGAGGAGGAGAAGGCCUACUUGAGCAGCAGGACCCGCCCACGGCCCGGGGGCUCGGCUUCAGGACCCGGCCAGGGUCUGGGACAGGUGCAGAGCCCCCUGGUUGGCAUGUACCAGGGUGCAGACACCUUCAUGCAACAGCUGCUCAACAGGGUGGAUGGUAAGGAGCUGCCACCAAAGAGCUGGCGGGAGGCCAAGCCUGAGUAUGGGGAUUUCCAGCCUGUGUCCUCCGACCCCAAGAGCCCCUGGCCAGCCUGUGGGCCCCGGAAUGGCCUGGUGGGCCCACCUCAGGGCUGCAGAAAACCUCCUGGAAAGCCAAGCAGCGAGCCAGGGAGGCAGGAAGAGAUGCCCUUGGAGGACAACCUGGCUGAGCCAGUACCCACUUCACACUUCACAGCCUGUGGCUCCUUGACGAGAACCUUGGACAGUGGCAUUGGGACCUUCCCACCCCCAGACCAUGGCAGCAGUGGAACCCCCAGCAAGAAUCUUCCCAAGGCCAAGCCACCACGGCUGGACCCCCCACCAGGGUUGCCCCCAGCCCGGCCCCCAGCCCUUACCAAAGUCCCCCGUCGCGCCCAUACCCUGGAGCGGGAGGUGCCAGGCAUAGAGGAGCUUCUGGUGAGCGGGCGGCACCCCAGCAUGCCGGCCUUCCCCGCCCUGCUCACCUCCACUCCCAGCCACCGGGGCCACCCGGCCUGUCCUGAUGAUCCCUGCGAAGACUCAGGCCCUCCCCCUCCCGUCCAGCUGGCCAAGAACUGGACGUUCCCCAACACCAGGGCAGCCAGCAGCUCCUCUGACCCUUUCCUGUGCCCACCCCGACAACUGGAGGGGCUGCCCAGGACCCCCAUGGCCCUGCCUGUGGACCGGAAGCGGAACCUGGAGCCCAACCGUCCACCUGCUACGCCCCAAGGCCCAGUAUUUGGGGGCAGUCGCACCCCCAGCACGUCAGACAUGGGCGAGGAAGGCAGAGUGGCCAGUGGGGGCGCUCCAGGGCUUGAGACCUCAGAGUCCCUCAGUGACUCGCUCUAUGACUCGCUCUCCUCCUGUGGGAGUCAGGGCUGAGGGGCAGCACCCACCACAGUCCCUCUGCAGCUGGGGAGCACAGACUAUCCUGUCCUCUUCACGUCCCACCCCUAAAGCCUUCAGUGGAGGGAAGAUGACGGGGUCCCUGAUACACCCCGCUACCCACUGCUGCUGUGUAUGAGAUGACUCCGCUCAGCUCAGGGAGAGACCCCAUCCUUGGUCCCUUCACUUGUGCAGAAUAAGGCUCUUCCUCUGAGGGACUUGGAGGGUCAAGGCCAUGUGUCCCAGCUCCUGCAUCAGGCUGAGCCAACUUGUGGUGCUGGGCUUCCUGCCCACCAGCUGUGCCAUCUCUGCCCAACCUGGCUGCUCCCCUGGCCCAAAGCCCCCGUGGGGCCAUUCUGGAGGACCCAUGUUGGUGGACUUUGAGGGUGAGGAGGACAAGUUGCCUUCUCUCUCUGCCCUGGUCCUCCCUGCUGUCUGAAUGGUGCUGCCCUCCCCUGCCCCAUGUCUUUGGGGUCUGUUGUCUUUUCUUUUUUUUUUGGUUUUUGGUUUUUGGUUUUUGGUUUUUGGUUUUUGGUUUUUUUUUAUAUAAAAGCACCUGGCCCAGUCGCCUCUCCCCAACCCACACUGCGGUUAAUUUAUCUGGCUGCUCUGCCUCCAGCCUCUGCUGCUGCCGUAACCCUAAUAAAACGUGGAGGCCCCUCCCUACUCUGACUCAGCUUGUUGUGUGCCAGGACUUGGGUGGACAGGUGAGUGGCUUCUGUGUGGAUGCCAGGUUGAGGACCUCAGGGCCUUGGGGGGCAGCCCCCACACACACACCAGGGGAGCUGGCUAAGAGGUAACUGAAGGCUGCAGAAAGGCCUGCAUGGGCCUGGAACGCUGUUGUACCUGGGGGGAUGGGCUACCCUGGGUGGGCAGAAGGCUGGGCAGCCCCUUGGAGUGGGAGGAGGAGAGAAUGACCCAUGACCGAGGGUGUCCUUCAGGCUCCUGGAGACGGGAGGGGGUUCACAAGCCAGUUCAGAGCUUCCAGGCCUGGAGGCCAGGUAGAGAUAACUGGUCACACAACUUUCUGCCGCCUUCUAAUCUCAGACUGAGGGAAGAGGAUCAGAGGGAAGCCCAGUGUGUACCUCAUCCCAACAAGAGCACGGCUCUAACACUGUCAGCUUAAGAGGGGGACAGCAGAAAUGAGCCCUUGGGGAAGGUCCAGGCUUCUGAGAGCUAUUUCAGAUUUCCUGUGGACUUCCUGUUGGACAUGAAGCUAGGCAAGGACCCACAAGUGAGCCAGAGCAACCAGGUCAUUGACACGGGCCAGCCAGCGAGGAAAAUACUUGACUCUGGUCCCAAGCACCCUAAUGGCACUGACAUUGGCCGCCUCCCCACAACAACUUUGAAGACUGCCUGGCAGCACACACACUUGGAACCCUGGACUUGUGCCUGGGACUCUGGACAGUUUGUGUGUGGGAGGUGUGAUCUUGGAGACGUGGCCUAUGUGCCCUGCUAUGUUGACGCUAUAGGCUUCAGAGCUGCCUGGGCAGGGAGUAUUACCAGGCGCAUUCAAAACUCAGUUCUGUUAGCUGGGCGUG